GUCACGGGCGAGGCGAAUCUUCUUCGGCUUCCUUCUUCGGCUUCCGUGUAAACGUCUGUCGCAAAUUCGAUGCCCUCAGUAUGUUUCGCGCUUGCUCGUCUAGAUAUUUAAAUAGAGGUCUUACCUCUCCUGCGAGAUCAUGCGCUAGGGUAUUCCGACCGCUUCAGACUCGCACGCUCGCCAGCGUGAACGUGCCAAGUCCAAAGGAACCGACAGAGCUCGACCAAAUAACAACAUUACCAAAUGGAGUCCGAGUAGCAUCAGAGGCUCUACCGGGGUCUUUCUCCGGUGUUGGCGUAUAUAUCGAAGGCGGAUCGAGAUUCGAGAACACUUACUUGAGCGGGGUGAGCCACAUCGUUGAUCGACUGGCCUUCCAUUCUACAGAAAACAAAACGGCAGAGGAUAUACAAGAGACGGUAGAGUCUCUAGGAGGAAACGUACAAUGCGUAUCCUCCCGGGAGUCUAUGAUGUACCAAGCCGCCACUUUCAACUCGGCUAUCCCGACGGCGACUGAGCUACUUGCCGAUACGAUACGGAAUCCCCGAAUCACGGAGGAAGAGGUUGCCGGAGAACUUCUGACGGCCGAGUAUGAAAUCAACGAGAUAUGGAAGAAACCUGAGCUUAUCCUGCCUGAGUUGGUGCAUAUGGCGGCCUUCAAGGGUAACACUCUUGGCAACCCUCUGCUAUGUCCUCGGGAAAGGAUACCGGAAAUCAACAGUUCGGUAGUUAGGACAUACAGAGACACUUUCUACCGUCCCGAACGGACCGUUGUCGCCUUUGCCGGUGUCCCGCAUUCCGAUGCGGUGCAACUAGCAUCCAAGUUCUUCGGAGAUAUGCAAGCUUCUGGACACCCUCUCCUGUCUCGGACGGAUUCGCUGUCAUCGGAUAGCACCGAUACCUCAACUUCUUCAUUUUCCUCAGCAUCAUCAUCUCCCCCAUCAACAGCAUCUAGUAUAAUGUCCAAGUUACCCCUAUUCAAAAACCUCUCUACUUCCGCAAGCCGCAACGCAUCCGUCUCUACCACUCCGGCCAUCUCGCCAUCGCUGGAAGAACUCACCAUGCCCGCGCAUUAUACCGGUGGUUUCGUCGCGCUCCCACCACAACCUCCCAGUACCAACCCCAACCAACCCGUAUUUACUCACAUUCACCUCGCCUUCGAGGGAUUACCCAUCGCAUCAGAUGAUAUUUAUGCGCUGGCAACGCUUAACACGCUUCUCGGCGGCGGCGGAUCCUUCUCCGCCGGCGGACCCGGGAAGGGCAUGUAUUCAAGACUGUACACCAACGUGCUCAACCAACACGCUUGGGUAGAGUCUUGUAUCGCUUUCAACCAUUCUUACACAGAUUCCGGGCUGUUCGGCAUCUCUGCUCAAUGCAUCCCCGGCCGCACACAGCACAUGCUCGAUGUCAUGUGCCAAGAAUUGAGGGCGCUUACUGUAGAAACCGGUUUUGCUGCCCUUGGCCAUGCCGAAGUUAACCGCGCCAAGAAUCAGCUACGUUCCAGUCUCCUAAUGAACUUGGAGAGUCGAAUGGUCGAGCUAGAAGAUCUAGGCAGGCAAGUCCAGGUGCACGGCCGCAAGGUACCGGUCCAGGAGAUGUGCCGAAAGAUCGAGAGCCUCACGAUUAAUGACUUACGCCGGGUGGCGAAACAGGUUGUAGGGGGAUUAGUACAAAACAACGGUAGAGGAAGCGGUGCUCCGACCGUGGUGCUACAAGAGGCCCAACACCCAUUCAGCUCUAUAAAACAAAUGUCUUGGGAAGAGAUACAGGAUAGGAUAUACAAAUGGGGCCUAGGUAAGAGGUAAACGGUAAGGAACUUGGCCGCCUCCGACAGCAGCGAGGUUCCUAGAAGCAAUCAUGCGCAAUUUUGGGAUCUACGAUACGGCUAGUCCGAACCUAGUCCCCGAGCGCUCUCGCUUCGAGGAGCCCUUCAGUGUACAAUGAUGUAUAUUAGCGAUGACAAGCGUCGGAUUCUGUACGAUGUAGACAUGAUCACAAGCAUACCCGACUAAUCGAGGCAUUCCCAAUCUCACGUUCUA